UACUAGUUGAGGGCAUCAAGGAAGGGAGCAGAAGGAAGCUUGAUGGACAUGCGAAGCAGCUUAUAACAAUCUCCUCCUCUACCAAAAAUGGCUUCUUCCACCACUUCCACACUCUUCUCCACUGCUCCUCCAUCCUCCGCCGUCUCCUCCUCUGUGAUACGGCGUCGUUUACCCCUUGUCGGCGCGUUUUGCAUGCUCACUCUAGGGCUCUCCAAUUUCUACAGGCCCUUGUAUUCCUCUGCUCUCAAAACGGGAUCUAGUUUGGCAAAGAGAAGUUACAGUAUUAGAAUGGAAGGGAACACCAACAACACCACUGUCCCAAGCAUCGUUGUCUAUGUCACUGUUCCCAACAAGGAAGCAGGGAAGAAGUUAGCUGAAAGCAUUGUCAAGGAGAAGCUUGCAGCUUGUGUAAACAGAGUACCGGGUAUUGAAUCAGUAUAUCAGUGGCAGGGAGAGAUCCAAACUGAUUCUGAGGAACUUCUGAUAAUCAAGACUAGGCAAUCCCUUCUGGAACCAUUGACAGAGCAUGUCAAAGCAAACCAUGAGUACGAUGUGCCAGAGGUAAUCUCCUUACCCAUCACUGGCGGCAAUCUUAAAUAUUUAGAAUGGAUAAAGGAGAGCACAAGGGAGUGACUAUCAAGUUUAUAGUUAGAGGGUAUGGGCUCAAGAGAUCUUGUAUCUCUGUUCAAUAAAGCUGGCAUGUCAUGUGUAACUAGGUAAGGAGAUCUGAAUAUUACAAUGUAGAGGAUGUGGGUCAUUCUUGUAUUCUUCACUAAGAUCUUAUGUGCAGACCUUCUUUUAGAUGAUUUAUGUCUUUCCUGUA